AUUGCUUGUGUGUGACUCUGAUUGUAGCCAGCCCCAGUGUUAUGGCCUCAGGAGUCACUGGGAGCGUUUCCGUGGCCUUACAUCCCCUGGUUAUUCUCAACAUAUCCGACCACUGGAUACGUAUCCGCUCACAGGAGGGACGGCCGAUGCAGGUGAUUGGAGCCCUGAUUGGGAAACAGGAGGGUAGAAACAUUGAGGUGAUGAAUUCUUUCGAGUUGCUAUCUCACACCAUAGAUGAACGGGUGUUAAUUGACAAGGAGUAUUACUACACCAAGGAAGAACAAUUCAAACAGGUUUUCAAAGAGAUGGAGUUCUUGGGUUGGUACACCACAGGUGGUCCACCUGACCAAUCAGAUAUCCACAUUCAUAAGCAGGUGUGUGAGAUCAUCGAGAGUCCUCUCUUCCUCAAACUCAAUCCAUUGACUAAACACACUGAUCUUCCUGUUAGUGUCUUUGAGUCUGUGAUUGACAUCAUCAAUGGCGAGGCAACCAUGUUGUUUGCUGAGCUGACAUACACGCUGGCCACAGAGGAAGCAGAGAGAAUCGGUGUCGACCACGUAGCUCGGAUGACGGCCACUGGCACAGGAGAAAACUCCACAGUUGCUGAACACCUCAUAGCCCAACACAGUGCGAUAAAGAUGCUCCACAGCCGGGUGAGGAUCAUUCUAGAGUACGUCAAAGCCGUGGAAACAGGAGAGGUGCCAUUCAACCAUGAGAUCCUUCGAGAAGCAAACGCCCUCUGCCACAGACUGCCGGUCCUCAGCACCAUAAAGUUCAAAACUGACUUCUAUGAUCAAUGUAAUGACGUGGGCCUCAUGGCCUACUUAGGAACUAUCACCAAGACGUGCAACAGUAUGAACCAGUUCAUCAACAAGUUCAACGUCCUGUACGACAGACAGGGCAUUGGCCGGAGGAUGAGAGGACUCUUCUUUUGAGCUGGCGGUCAGCUGAGCCAGAGACAAACAAGCACUGCAGUUUCUUUUUCUCUCGGUUUGGUCUUUUGUCUUUUUUUUUUUUGGUUUGUUUUGUAUUUUGGUUAGCAGAGACAAAAUUCUAUCAACAGUAGCUUUUUCAAACCCAGUUUACCGAGUUUUCACUUUGAACCUCCCGUGCAUCAAAAAGCACUUGAUUACACACCCGUCAGUAAGAGAUAUGUACAAAAUGAAUCCACUGCACAUCAUUGUUAUAUUAUUUUACCCUGUUUGUUUUAUUGUUUCAUGUUUCUGUAUGUAAUAAAUGAUCUGCUGAUUUUCUUCA